AUGGAUCCUUCUUUUCAAGCUUACUUUGAGUACUUGAAAAAUCAAUCUUCUUCUACUCUUGAAAAUUCUUCAAAUUCACAAACCUCAAUGUAUCAAACACCUCCAUAUCAAGUCUCACAACAACCUCCUUCAAACCAAGUCUCACAACAACCACCUCCAUACCAAGUCUCACAACAACCACCUCCAUACCAAGUCUCACAACAACCACCUCCAAACCAAGUCUCACAACAACCACCAAUCUUUUACCAAAACCAACCACAUUAUGCCGGUAACAAUUCUCCAAAUCCACAAUAUGUAGUGUAUCAACAACAACCAUUCAUUUACCAACCACAUGCUGGAGAUGGUUCCCAAAAUCCAACUCAUUUUGUGCAUCCAUCACCACCACCACCAAACUCCUAUAGCCCUCAAAUUAGUAGCAGUAGUGAAAAAGUACCUGAAACACAAUUUGAAGGUAUGCCCGAUGAGCUUGAUGAGACUACUUUCCCUGCUAAAGGAGAUGGCCAGAAAACCAAACAACAACGCUUGAAAUGGUGCGAAAACGACGAUAUAAUUCUUCUCCAGACAUGGCUCAACAUUUCAAAGGAUUCGGUAACAGGAACUGAUCAAAAGGCUGAAGCUUUUUGGCGGAGGGUUGAACAUCAAUACAACAAGUACCGCAAAGUAGGUUCUCCUGAGAGGAAAUGGUCUCAACUGAAGUCUCGCUAUCAUACAUUGAGUAAAGCGGUCUCAAUUUUUGUUGGUUGCUACAAGAAAGUUACCAACCCUCCGAAGAGCGGCUACUCUGAGAGAGAUAUCAUGGCUGAUGCAUGUUCAUUGUAUAAUGCAAUGGAAAAGACUAAAACAUUCAAUUUUGAGCAUGCAUGGCGGGUGUUGAAAGAUGAACCCAAGUGA